AUGCAGCUUUUUGCCCCGCUCCUGGUAGUUCUCGCCGUCUUCUCGUCUACCACCACGGCCAAGUCCGCGGAGGAGUCCAAGACCAUCGACGAUCUUUACGCUGAUGCGGUAGCCGAAGGAGGUAACCUUGUCCUGUACCAUGGCGGUGACACUCCUACCCAGCAAGACGGACUCCACGCAGCCUUCACGCAGCGCUUCCCGGAGAUCAACUUCACUGCAGUCGUUGACUACAGCAAGUACCACGACGUCCGCAUUGAUAACCAACUGGAGACCGACACCCUCGUCCCUGACGUGGUCGCUCUUCAAACGUUGCAAGACUUCACGCGUUGGGCUAAGGCUGGCGUGCUACUCCCCUACAAGCCUGCCAACUUCUCCAAGAUCCACGACUCGCUCAAGGACAAGAACGGCGCGUGGAUGGCGUACACGAUCUUUUCUUUCGGCUACAUUUACAACUCAAGUGCGCUCGACGGUGUAGCGGCACCUACCACCCCCGCCGAUCUCGUAAACCCGCAAUGGGCUGGCAAGAUCGCGUCAACGUACCCUCAUGACGACGACGCUGCGUUGUUCCUGUACACUCGCUACGUGGAGAAGUACGGCUGGGACUGGGUCUCUAAGCUUGCCCAGCAGAACGUCAGCUUUAACCGUGGAUCCAACGCCGCCGGAGAACUUGUGAGCUCCGGGGAGAAGGUGAUUGGCGUCGGAACAAGCGGCUUCGGUGCUUCGAUCGAGUUCGUUGGCGGCAACGGCACAGACUUCCUCAGCUGGGGGCAGCGUGUUGGCAUCUUGAAGAAGGCCAAGCACCCCGCUGCUGCGAAGCUUUUCAUGAACUGGGCCGUAUCCGAGGAGGCCCAGACGACGCCCUGGGACAUCCCGGAGGCGAACAUGGCUGCCUUCCCCAAGUUCAUGGAGGACCGCGCCAAGGUGGAGCAGUGGAAGCAGACCUUCGCGCUGUACUUCGGCGAGGUGCAGGGUGAGCCGAGCCCAGGUUUCCUUGGGCUGCACCCUGGUCAGUGA